AUUGGACGAUCCAAAGGAAGUUUUUUUUAUCUUUUUCUUUGGAAGCUCGACGCUGCUCGAGACGGCGGAGCUUAAGAUGGCGGCGCUUAGAGCGUCAUUGAAAAGAGCAAUGUGGGGGAGUCCUGCUGCUUGGCAGAAUCUUUCAAAGAACAAAGUGGAGCCCAUCACUUGGAGCAUGUGGAUUAGACAGACAUUUACUAGAGCAAGAGUUCCUGAAUCAGUAUUUCAGCCACGACCUGGUGAUCAUGAAAAAUAUGGAGGUGAUCCACAACAGCCUCAUAAACUGCACUUAGUCAUGAGAAUCAAAAGUGGAAGAAGGCGUCCUUAUUGGGAAAAGGAGAUGAUUGAAGUUCUUGGACUAGGAAAAAGAUACGAGCCUGUAGUGCACAAAAACAUUCCUUCUGUGAAUGCAAAACUGAAAAUCAUUAAGCAUCUGAUAAGGAUAAAACCAUUAAAGCUACCCCAUGGAAUGCCAUCUGAAGAGGAUAUGUCUGAUACCUUUAUUAACUGUACAACGGGUGAACUAAUAAUUCGCCGUUGUCUAAAACCAGUGGAACAGAAAACAAUUGAAUCUUAAUAAUGCGCCCCAAUAUUUUAUUCAAUAAAUCUAACUUUAAACUGA